UGCAGAAAGGGAAGAGGAUAAGAAUAAGAUCAUCAUCAUCUUCAAUACUUCCCGUACUGUUGGAAUAUCUCUUUCUCCCUGAAUUACACAGACCUAAGUUGGCUAAUCCAUCCAUUAAAAUCAGAGUAAUGGGUUUAGUGACACGUGUUCCGCUAUUCUCUUCACCUUCUUCAACUUUCUCUCCUCAUAAAUACUCUUCACAUUAUAAUUCCACCACCAAACUAUUCUCUUUUUCAUCUUCUGUUUCAUUUCAAAGGAGACGGACUUCUUCCUCAGUAGUCAAGGCAAUGGCGAGUACUGUGAUUGUUACUGGUGCUGGUGGUAGAACUGGGCAAAUUGUUUACAAGAAACUGAAAGAGAGAGAUGAGUUUGUAGCAAAGGGGUUAGUAAGAACAGAAGAAAGCAAAGAGAAAAUUGGAGGAGCUGACGAUGUUUUUGUUGCGGAUAUUAGAGAUGCUGAGAGUAUUGUUCCUGCAAUUCAAGGAGUUGAUGCUCUUGUAAUUCUAACUAGUGCUGUCCCCAAAAUGAAACCCGGGUUUGAUCCUACUAAAGGUGGAAGACCUGAGUUCUUUUUCGAAGAUGGAGCUAAUCCCGAACAGGUUGAUUGGAUUGGGCAGAAGAAUCAAAUAGAUGCUGCAAAAGCUGCCGGAGUGAAGCAGAUUGUGUUGGUUGGGUCUAUGGGUGGAACGAACCUCAAUCAUCCCUUGAACAGCAUUGGAAAUGGAAACAUAUUGGUGUGGAAAAGGAAGGCGGAGCAAUACCUUGCCGACUCUGGUAUUCCAUACACAAUUAUUAGAGCUGGAGGCUUACAAGACAAAGAUGGGGGUGUGAGGGAGCUUGUUGUUGGCAAAGACGAUGAGCUUCUCGAGACUGACAUAAGGACUAUUGCUAGAGCUGAUGUUGCAGAAGUCUGCAUUCAGGCGCUGCUGUUGGAAGAGGCCAAGUUUAAAGCAUUGGAUCUUGCAUCUAAACCUGAAGGAACUGGCGAGCCAACAAAAGAUUUCAAGACUCUAUUCUCCCAAAUCUCUACCCGAUUCUAAGUAUUCAAUUGUGGUUCUGAUUUGAAUUUUGUUGAGACCUGGAAAUCUAUAAUGCUACUGGCCAUUAGUAAGAGAGAAACUAGUCUUAUUUAGGGAAAUUAACAUCUUUAUCUUGUUAGCCUCUGGCCUUGUUUCAGUGAGUAUUACACAUUAAAGGGAAUGCGAAAGAGUCAUUAACCUACUUCAAUUAUGUUUCUGAACGGCGAUAAAUACGACUAUAACACAUGAACAUGGUUGUACUGUACCAUUUGCGAUAUCA